AUGACGACUAGCAGUCCUGAUCAAGAGGACGGCUCGACUUCUGUUCCGUCCAUGACGUCGACAGCGACAAUGACGACCAGCAGUCCUAAUCAAGAGGACGGCUCGACUUCUGUUCCGCCCACGACGUCGACAGCGACAAUGACGACUAGCAGUCCUGAUCAACAGGACGGCUCGACUUCUGUUCCGUCCAUGACGUCGACAGCGACAAUGACGACCAGCAGUCCUUAUCAACAGGACGGCUCGACUUCUGUUCCGUCCACGACGUCGACAGCGACAAUGACGACUAGCAGUCCUGAUCAACAGGACGGCUCGACUUCUGUUCCGUCCUUGACGUCGACAGAGACAAUGAGCGCAGUUGAAACACAACCCUUGAGCACAACGUCUCAUUUGAUGACGACUUCAGCUUUAAUGGGUGACGAAACAACGUUUGCUAGUGAGACGACACCGCCACCGUUGACAUUUUCCUCCACCACUGAAGUAUCGAUUUCUUCUACCGGUCAAAAUAACGGUGAAAGUACCACAGUCUCUGCUGAUACCAAUGCUGGAUGUGAUGACAUCAUCUGCCAAAAUGGCGGAACGUUUGAAGAAGUUUCCUGUACUUGUCGAUGCACCAAUGGAUAUCAGGGAGACGCGUGUCAAAAUUUAGAGUCGGAAGCCCAAUAUGGUGUUGAAAUUACACUUCAAGCAUCUAUCGACAUGUGGCAGUCAAUAAGAGGUCUGCUUCUUCGGGUGGUUGCUGAGAUUGUUACAGACUGGUGUAACAUCAACUUCUCAGUCUGCUGUCCAAACCAGGGAGAAAAGAACAGUGAAGAAAUCCUCGAUUACGUGAAUGAGACCGACAUCGCCAUCGCAGUCGGCUAUCCCGAAGAAACCACGGCCUCUGGGUCGAGCGACCAAUCGUUCUCCGUUAUGCUUCUGGUCACGCCCCCUCUAUCGACGGAGCUGUGUAAUUCGGGAUCACUCAGCAGACGUCGACGGAGCGUAAGGUUGACUUUGUCAAAUAUUCAAAAGAGAUCAAGUGAAACUGAAGUCUCCUAUCUUGAUCAGGAAGCCCUGUAUUCCGCAGUCACAGAAAAUCUCGACACCAUUGAACUCGAACUCAAUAUGACCAUCGAGGAAAUCGUUAUGGGAGAGGUCGUGAGUGCUCCGUCCGAAUUGUCAGCCGCGGUCAUCGUCGGGAUCGUCGUGUCUUCCGUCGUCGUUUGCAUUACCAUUAUCAUUGGUGUGUUCAUUUUCAUACAGAAAAGGUAA